GGGGGUUCCUGAAAAAGGAACGAUCUAAAUUGAGGGCGAGCGAUUCGUAUGUGCAUUCCAACGCUGCCGAGCGGAGGAAGGCGUUGAUGACAUCUGUUCUCUCCGUCUUCUCCGAGCGUGCCCACCGGCACUACUUCACCGCACUGUGGCUGCCUUGUCUACACCACGCUGCGGCUGCUGCUCUCCAUCUGCACAUACUGCAUCGCAUAGGCGACGUCAUUUUGCCGCACCUUACCAACCCGCUUGUUGUCGCCGACCACUUGAGCGGCUGCUUUUCUAGUGGUGGCCUUGUUGCUGUGCUGGCGUUGCACGGCAUCUUCCUCCUCAUGCUUGACCACGGCCUGGAAUAUCCCCAGUACUACCAGCAGCUCUACACGCUUGUCACCCCGGACGCAUUUGCAUCACGUCACCGGUACGAUCUUUUCCGUCUGCUGGAUCUCUCUACGAGUUCCUUGCGUGUCCCCUCAUACAUUGCAGCGGCGUUUGUGAAGAAAGUAGCGCGUGUGGCCCUGCUUUCACCAGCACCGGUACUUUAUUUUGCUCUUCCAUUCAUCCGCAAGGUGCUGCAACGACAUCCCAAUUGCCUCGCUUUGAUUCAUCGCUCCUCGAAGGAGGCGGUGGAAGCAGCCGAUGGCGCGGCAGAGACUGGGGAAGCGGAACAGCCAAAGAAAUUGGGGAAGAUUGCGAAAGAGGAGGCACAACGUUUGACAGCGUCACUUUUCGAUGGUAAUGAUCCUUUCUUGGAGGAGGCGAGUCUUGAAGCGUGCCACGCAUUGCACAGCACAUUGUGGGAGCUCACGGCGCUGGAGAGGCACUUUAUUCCGACGGUGCCGUUGAUGGUGUCGGCAUUCGGCAGUACUGCAGAGGAUCAGGCGCCGCUGCGGUACGAGAAGACGUACGCGCGUCUCUUCACGGCAGAGGUGACACGGCCCAUUUCGAAAUCGCAGCUUCCGACUGUUGCCUACCGUGAGCCGCAGGAGGAAGAUGGCGCCAGCGCCGUCCUACUCGUGUGA